AAAUUAUCGCCUCUACAGUCUCCACAUAAUCGUCGUGUAUCAUCCACAAAACCCUUUUUAAGUCCCAAAAGAAGCUUCCUUAUUGAUAAAGGACAUCUUCAAUUGCGUCUACAUAUCCCAAACUCCAUUCGGCCCCUAAAAAAUUUUCUUUGUAAUCUUCUGGUUCUUUGGUGAGUUUGGCGACAAUCCCUUUUGCGUGAAUCUGGGUUUGCUCCCUCUCUAUACAUAAAUAAGAAUAUACGUAAAACAUGAUGAGUAAAUUGAUUGUUCUUUUGUGUCUUGUUGUUGCUAUUGGUUUUUCGAGGAUGAAAAACAAUUUGUUGGUGUCUGAUGUUGUUUCGAUGUCUGACUUUUGCAGUGUGAAAAACAAAUUUGAUGCGUAACAUGGCGAAAAGCUCUUUCAAGUUAGAACACCCUCUGGAGAGAAGACAAGCAGAAUCUUCUCGCAUAAGAGAGAAAUAUCCUGACAGGGUUCCGGUCAUUGUGGAAAAAGCUGGAAAGAGUGAAAUCCCUGACAUUGAUAAGAAGAAAUACCUUGUUCCAGCUGACUUGACCGUUGGUCAGUUUGUUUACGUAGUCCGAAAGCGAAUCAAGCUAAGUGCUGAGAAGGCCAUCUUUGUCUUUGUCAAUGACACACUCCCUUCAACUGCUGCAUUGAUGUCUGCAAUUUACGACGAGAACAAAGACGAGGAUGGAUUUCUGUACAUGACUUACAGUGGCGAGAACACAUUCGGUGACUAUGAAGGCUGAUGGAUUACUUAAACUGUAAAUAGUAUCUCUAAGAGUAAAUUUCUUUUCGUCCAUGACUUUUCUUCAUCUUCGUGCUUGUUAUGCCUGACUCUAGCAGACAAUGUGCAGUUUUUUUACUUACAGUAAAUUAAAUUUCUCUUUGCAUGAUUUCCUUUUCAAAUACAAUACUGUUCAUAAUCUCUCUCUCUCUGUCUCAAAUGAAAAGGCAAUAAUAUUAGGCUAAUAGGAGACAUCAUUUUCCUUAAUGUUGCAUUAUAUUAGUUUUUGCCCAAAAAUCACAAAGCAAACACGAGUAUUUCCAUACAAAUGAUCAAAUAGUGGCCUUCUCUGAUUUCUUUAUAAAUUUGUUUUUAAUCCACUUGAAGCCCAUGAGAGUCCCGUUCUUGAUGGCCGCUCGAGCCUUUCCAAAUCCGGUAGUCUUCUUCUCUUCUUUGUUGCUUUUUUUAGGGUUUUCGUCAGGCAUGGCACCAAACCCUCCCUCUCCCCAUUGAUCUGCCCAAGUUGAACCUUGAUCCAUUGGGAUUUUUGUACUUCUAUAUGAACAACAGAGUUUUUGAAGAAAGAAAAAACAGAAUACUUUGAGAGAAAGAGAGAGAGAGAGGGA